AUAGCACCCAAAUGGGCCAAAGCCCAACAAGCGGUUCGUCUCUAACCUACAGUCUGAUCCCUCUCUCCGUCUCUCCUCAAACCCCGCUCGUCGCCCAGUCCUGUCACGCGGGCGACGCGAUGUCAUCGGCCUCAUGAGGAGGAGGGUCCUAGCGUCCCUAGCCCGCCGACCUCUCCCAUCUGCCCUCAGCCUUCGAUCCGCGACGUCGCCGUCGGGGAGUGCUGCCUGGAAGAGGACGAGGUGAUGGGGACGGCUGGCUGGUGGCGGCGGCGAGGCCCUACAGAGGUCGAUGGCCAAGAUUCAUGCCCAAGCUCCUGGUGGGCACCGCGGCUGUAAAAUAGGAACGUCGAUACUACUCUGCAAUUUGGCCGAAUUGGAUACAAUUUCCUGAUGGUAUGUGAGCAGUCAGUGUUGUCCCCGCAGCAUCUGAACGGUCUCCCAAUUAGCAUCCCACCCAGCGACCACUGGGCUGAUGUGCUGUGCAUGGAUAUUUUCACCGUUGAUACCGAGGGACGCAGGCCGCCACUCCCCGCCGACGCCAACGACGGCGACGCGGCCGCACGGUUCGAGCUGCUUCUCUCUUUUAUCUCCUCUCCCGUCCUCAUGUGCAGCUCCAUACCAGUCAUCCCCAGAUCUCCUCCACCACUUGUGAUGAGGUUGUGUAGGCCCCUGCUAAAUAUUGAAGAGGUGUAUGUUCCAGCAAUCGGCAAUCCUUCUGCAUACAAGAUUCGCUAUGAAUACCUUUUUCUUCAGCCGGACUAUUGGAUUGUUUUUGCUCCCAAAACAGAUGUUGUUCCUUAUCGAAUGCAAUCUGUCCGCACAAAAGAAGGCGAUUUCAUUCGAGGGGCAUUUUUUAUAUUCCAAGAUGAAUCCAAUGAUCCUGGUAAAUGGGGAAGUAUACCCUCUGGACAUAGGUGGAGUAACCUUGAGUUCCUGCUGCCUUUCGGAAGAGUCAUGAGCCUCUUUCAAAAAGGUUAUAUCCAUGAACUGGAUGAGAAGGUAAAGUUCAGAAUGUCGAAAAUUUCAAAGCCUCCAGUCAACUUAUGUAUGCUAAAUGUGCACAGGAAGUCAGAAACUUUAAAAGUUGGAUAACUGUAUCAUCAUCAACAACAAUAUACAUGACACAAACUAACUUUAGGUGUUCCGAUAUUUCAGUAGAUCUCUCCAUUGAAUUGUAGUGCCCUUUAAUUUCCAAUUUAUGUUAUCUUCACUGGGAAGAUCAGAAUAUAUAACAUUUAUGUUUUGCAAACCUGCGAUUUAGUGCCCAAGCAUAAUACUUGUGAUAAGACAUCAAAGGUUCAUAUAAUACUAUCCCAGUAUAGGUUGCAGUGGUUUAUUGCAGAUUAACUUCCUCACUAUUCCUAUUUUCAGCGGUCCUUUUUUAGAUUUCUUUAUUCCUCAUUCUUCCUCUUUUUCUGUGUUUCUGACAAGAUUAGUAUUACCACUUUUGUUUAUAAAUCUAUUUAGUAUAUCAGUACCAUAUCUUAGAUAAAGGACAAGCACCUCAAACAGGUUACCAGAUCCUUGGAGUUUUCAUAAAUACCGUUUAUAGCUUCAGGCCGAACCAGCCUCUGUAUCAAAGGGGCAUUUUAAGGUGAGACUGUUGAAGGAAAACAUGUCACUACAAUUACAGAAAAUGGGUCUUUUCUUCAGCUUCUCUUGUCCUCUCGUUGCUUGAAGCAAAAUUUUCGGCAGUAUACUGAAAAUUUCAGCAAUACUGCUGUGAAAAUGCAAUCAUCUGGGUUGAGUGUACCAUAUGGGUGGAGUGGUAGCAGAAGCCCUUGGAGCUAUCUUCAAUGAAAUAUUCUGAAGAGAAACGGUGUUAUACUAAACUUGAUAUCCAUGAUGUGAGCCCUUGAAGGUAUCUUGUCCAAUGGCUCUCUAGAUUAAUUACUUGAAUACUAUUUAGAAAUUUUCCUGCAGUUCUUUUUGAUGAAUUCCCUGGUUAACACAUAGAUAACCAAGUCAAAGUGAAUAACUCAAACUCUGAUGGCACAACUCACUGCAUAGGUUCAGUUUUAGUGAAUGGUAACCACUAUUUCUGCUUUGUUGAAAAUAAAAUUUCGAAAUAGGGAAACUUACUGAAGUUAAGCUGAGCGGUAGCAUGAGGGAGAUGGAACUCGGGUAUCACCAGGGUAGAUAUUUAGCUGCCCAAAUGCCAUACUUUCAGGUUGUAGCCUAGCCACCCCAACCCAUAGGAAGACAAGUAGGCCACUGAUUCAUGAUGGGGCAUGUAUGAACUGAAGCUCCUUUACUUGCAGAGGCUGCAACUGCUAGCUUGCAUUUUCUUGUGCAACCUUAGAUGUAUCUUCCUUUUCAUCUCUUGCUUGGUGAACUUACCGAUCGAGUGCAAGCCAUUUCUUAGCACAUUGUUGUGUGUGCCAUUUCCAUCAUUUAGACGUCUCAUAGAGAAAAUCAAUAUAAUCAAGAGGUCAUGGCACAUAGUUCUGGAUAUAGAAAUGUUGGUUUAUAGCCUACUAGACUAUUUUUUUGGCUGGACUGUAGCGGUCAUUGUGAGUGCCCUUUUCCUUUCACUCGAGCAAUUUUUUAACCAGCAAGAGAGAUAGAAGCAGCUAUCCUUAUUAAUGUUCUCUUGACAAUAAUUUUCGUGAAAAGAUGGUGAAGAUUUACACCAACAUUCUUGCUCUCUUUAUUACAUAUCACCACUAUACAAUAACACUUUGUAGCUACUAUUUCAGGUUUACAAUAACAUUUGUGACUGUUUUUGCAAUUCGUGUUAGAGUAUCUACAUACUGAUCUAAGUGAUCUUUAGGAGGAAAUACAACCAGUUCACCUUGUAGUUCGUACAUCUGUAUGGUUAUGGAACAACAUUGGCUUAAUACAGUUGGUACCAUAGCCUCCCGAUUCUGCUAUAAAUUAUAGUUGACAAUUUGUAGCCUGCUUGUAGUGUUGCUACAGUUUUCUGGUGCUACAAUUCAGUUACAAACAAACUAACAUCUUCAGCUCGCAAGUUCAGACUUCCUUAGAACGUGCUAAAGGAUUCUCAUACAUGGCUUGUGCAACACCAAUACCAGUUAUUUGUUUGUUCCGUUGUCCUGCUUAACUCCAUAUUGUCUGACAUUGUGCUAAAGAUUCUCACUGUGUUAUUUUUUUAUCGAUUUCCUAUUGUACCGUAGCUAUAAAUCGUCGUAUAAAUGCGACUUAUCUACACUACUUAAAAAGGAGGAACGUGUUCCUUAUUCUGCCAACCGUAUUUUCGUCGUCCUCCUCGCCCGUUCCGCCCGCGACCUCAUUGUCCCGCGUCGCUCGCGCACAAAUGGGCCAAGCCCAACAAAUCACUCUUACCCUCUCACCGAUGGAGGUGGUCCGCCACCGCCCGAAUCCUGGACACACCCGCGUCCUCAGGAUGGAGGUGGAGAAUUGAGGUCGUCGAUGCCUCAUUCGCAGGUGGCCUCAUGAACGGAGUCGGGAAGGGCGUGUAGACGCACACUGAGGAGCUGGAGGAGGCCGUGGGCGGCGAUAUCAUAGGCUGCCCAUGGGCGCGUCGUCCUCCAAGGGGUCCUUGGACACCACGGCGUCUCCUCCCGCCGAUACCUCUUCCCUGGGUUGCAUGGUCGCCGCCUCCAUGCGCCUGAAGCUCUGCGAUGCUGCGGCCGGAAUAUGUCGCAGAGGCGGAGCAGCUCGGGGGAAAACCCUGCGGGAGAUGGGCUCCCGCGCCGGGAGAGAGUGACCGGCAGUGGGCGCUGCACUGCAUCGUCGCCUCCAUUGCCGCGCUCCACUGCAUCGUCGCCUCCUCGUCUCUCCGCCGCCGUAACCGCCGGUUCCCCUAACCUCCUUCCAUCGCUCAAUCUCCGUGUGAUCGAAAGUGAAGAAUUGGUGUGGGCCUGGAGGCCUCCGAUCUCGUCAUCCAUCGCAUCCAUUGUCUUCAAGAUGAUCGGCAUCAUCAUUCGCAAGUGUGGCCUCCGCGCAGGUAACACACACGUAUGUACAUGCCCUUUUUCUGUUAGCCUUUGUUUUACUUCCGAAUACAUGUGAUUCUUCUCUUCUCUUUACAUCCACGAUUCCAAGAAAACGAGUACAAUCAUACAACCCAUGGUUGCUCUAUCAGGCUUUGCAGGCAUUUAGUGUCACAAUUUCAGUUACAUAAAGCUAUUGUGUUAGUGCUCAUGGGGUCAUGCCUAGAUCAGGCGCUUCCACUACAUCAUUGGGUUGCAGAGUAAGAGGGAGAAUUCCUACAGAUGGAAGCCUCUAUCAGAUGGUGAUUUGUUAUGCUUCUGGGAAAAUACUUUGACUUGCUUGACAUCAAUCUAUGUUCACAUGAUUUGUGAUGUGCGAUACUUUGUGGAUUGUGGGCAGUCUGGAUUGUAAGAAACAAAAGAAACCAUGCCAUCAAUCUAUGUUCAUGGAAAUUGUGUUGUGCAAUACUCUGUGGAAUGUGGGCAGUCUGGAUGGCAAGAAACAAAAAAAAACAUUAAUCAGUAUCACAAAGGCCUAUAGAUGGUGGAGGACAUGAUGAGUAAUAUGCAGGCCUAUAUAUGGGCAGGAGACAUGGCAUCAAGUGGAGUCCUCCCCCAGGUGGUACAAAGGAGCGAGAAGAUGUCGGAGUGGCAGGCCGGUGUGGCUAGCGUUGGUACCCUGGAGCGCAUGCAAAAGCUUAUCAAAGUCGGAGGUUUUGUAUGCUGAUCAUUUGAAUGGAGGUAUGCAAGCUGUUCUUUGCAAGAGGAAUCAUUACCGGCUUUUAUGGAGGUUAGGUGAACCCAUGUCGUUAGAAAUGAACCUACUAGGUGUGGUCUCCGAAGGCCGCCGAACACGGAACUGCGACAGUCCUCGCACCUAUGAUGAAGAGGCAAGAGAGGGAUCGGUCUCCGCUCCGUCUUCUCGAGAGAGUGGUGGAGCUCGAUAAAGUGGGUGAGCUCAAGAGAGUGAGGAGGCGAUCGGCUUUACAUCGUCCACAUUCCUUUUCUGCAAAGGGUUUCUAGGAAAAAGAAGUGUUAAGAUUUCCUUUUCUGCAAAGAGUGAGGAGCCCCUUUUGUAUGUUUCACACAAAAGGCUACGAUCCAGGGUUCUCUCCAGAUAUUUAUGAAUAUCAAAGUUUUGUUUGGACUAAUGAGAAAAGAAGUAUUUCUUAAGGUA